AUGAUCGAAUUAUACGGGGACCGGUUGUUCGAUGCUGGUAAUAGCGUUGUUUAUUGUUGGAUGGGCACAUCCUACGCUGACCCAUUAAGAACGUUAACGUUGAACGGUAGCGGAAUGCAGCUGCGCGGGGAAGAAGUCGUCGAGGUGACUCCGAGAACUCGUUUCGACACGAAGAAAACUUCGAAGUUGCAGACUUCAGAGUUCUAUAUCCCCGGAGAACCUGUUAGACUUCACGUAACAAAAGGUUACGUUUUUAAAGAAACUAAUCCCGACGAAGUGGAAGAUGGGAAUCUGAGGAAAAUUGGACUGCUGCAUCGAUCUGAUUAUGGUGAUUUGGAGAUAGAUCUAAUUGGAUACGCGAUCGUGUGGUUGCUGUCUGUCACGUCGCUGCGCUGUCAGGCAACGAAUCACGAGAACGCGGAGGGCGACGGGAACGGCGAAGACUCGGUGCUCGACGAAACGACCGAGGACUAUUGGGCCGGAAGCGGAUCCGGGCCCGAAGACGACGAGUCGCUGCACAACGAGACUAGAGAGGCGUUAACGCACGAGGCCAGCGAUCACGACGCGGUGGUUUAUGUCGGCGAGGGUGCGGCGUACGUACCGGUUCCUUCAUUGAAAGGACGACCUCUCAGCCCCAACCUCCAGGCACUUCAGACACUUCAGGGUCUGCAAGGUCUCGCUGGAGGCGGUGGGACGGGCGUGGUCGGUGACGAAGAGUGGAAAAGGCAUCCUGAGACCUGGGACCGUGAGCACAGGAGGUACAGACCCAACACGACGCGUGUGCAACACAUCGAGGCUGAGUGUCAGGACGACUACAUGAAGAUCAGGAUCGGCUUCAACGGUUCCUUCACCGGUCUACUGUACUCGGCAGGCUACUCCUACGAUCCGGAUUGUAUGUACGUUAACGGGACGGGCCGCGAUUACUACGAGUUCUACAUUCAGCUGAAUCGGUGCGGCACCCUCGGCGAGAACACUCAUCAUCAGGACAGCAGAAAGAAUCCUACGAAAAACCUGAUGUGGAACACCGUCACGGUUCAGUACAACCCGCUGAUAGAAGAGGAAUUCGAUGAACACUUCAAAGUCACUUGCGAGUACGGCUACGAUUUCUGGAAGACCGUCACUUUUCCCUUCCUCGACGUCGAAGUGGCGACGGGAAAUCCCGUAGUGUUCACCCUGCAGCCACCGGAGUGCUACAUGGAAAUCAGAUACGGUUACGGGACCACUGGAACUAGAGUGGCUGGACCAGUUCGUGUCGGCGAUCCUCUGACUCUCAUUAUCUACAUGCGCAGCAAAUACGAUGGUUUCGACAUCGUCGUGAACGAUUGCUACGCCCACAACGGGGGCAACAAGCGGAUCCAGUUGAUCGAUCAGUACGGCUGUCCCGUAGAUGAUAAAUUGAUCAGCCGAUUCAGGGGUUCCUGGUCGGAAAGUGGCUUAUUCGAGACCCAAGUGUUCGCCUAUAUGAAAACGUUCAGGUUCACGGGUUCGCCGGCCUUGUACAUCGAGUGCGACGUCAGGAUGUGUCACGGUAGAUGUCCGAGCCAACCGUGCCACUGGAGGAACGCCAAGAACGUGGCCAAACGUUCUCUACCGGAAAUCGGCGGCCCAUCGACACCUGCGACUAGUUUGUCAGAGAACGUGAACCUUUUCCAAUCGUUGCGUGUCCUGCAGGAAGGCGAGGCCGACACCGAAUUCUUCCAGAAUUCGACCACGGCUUUCCGAAACGGGCCCAGCGAAACAACGAACGACAGAGUGUGCCUAAGAUCAACGGUUCUCAGCACAAUGAUAGGGAUUACCUGCGGUUUCCUCUGCAUAAUGGCAGGAACGAUAUUGGCCAUGUGUUCGCGAAUGCGGCGACAGGCCAGGGAGAAGCUGUUGUCCGACAGCAUAAGUUACAUGACCCAUAAGGGUAGAAUUAACUAAGCGCGGCCUCUCUCAAUGUACUUGCGAACCUUUUCUACUUCCUCUUUCUUAAUCGUUCUGUCGGUAUAUGUAUACCCACGGGACGAUCGGAGAAAGUCCGUGUCGAUAAUGCGAGGACAAUCUAUUGCAACGAUGUGAUCGGUAAAGUUGACACCGACAAUGAGUCGGUAAAAUCGAAAAGACGACAGUGUCGACGGCUGGUAAGGAAGAAUAUGUCGAAGUUCUUCGUCGGAACUUCAAAUUUGAUAUAUUUGAAUCGAGGAUAAUUUAGGCGAAUAAUUAAGGCAUAAUGAAAAACGAGUAUUGUCAAAUAUUGUGAUAACCGUGCAAUUAGACGUAUGUCUCUAUUUUUCGAAAGUGAUUUACUGUCGGCAAAGUGACAACGCAAGGGAAAUCGUUACCGAUUGAACUCGCUCAUCCUUCUCUCGACAACGCUUUCUCCCUACUAUCUGUCUUCUUCCGCCUCUCCGAAACGCGG